AUGAUCGCGUGGAUCAAGGGACAUAAACGGUACUGUGCCUAUCGUGACUGCACCUGCGAACAGUGUCUCCUUGUGGUGGAACGCCAGCGCGUGAUGGCGGCUCAGGUAGCCCUCAAACGCAGGCAAGCAGUGGAAGACGCCCUAGCCAUGACCUCUUCAACACAGCUACCAAACCUCGUCCCAUCCGCCAGCGGUGGUGAACAACGAGAGGCGUCUACUGGUGGUCUACCGCACAAUUCAACUUUCUACCGCCUUUCAAACCCUUCUCCGCCUUCUGAAGGGGCCGGUCUAGCAGAUCUUCUGCCGCGCCAACCCGCCAAAGCAUCCAGCCCAAUAAAACGCGGUAAGUGA